GAUACUGGCGGGGGGAGGGGUGGGGUUUAGAGGAAGCGGAAGUGUCAGAGCAGGCGGAAGUGGUACUGCCCUGAAUACCCUGAGCAGCGAGCGGAGGACGGCUUGACAAACUCCCAUCGUUCAGAGAAUAAAAUCGGGAUCCGUAGCACGCUCUAAAUCCUAAAAAUGGAUAAGAACGAUCUGGUGCAGAAAGCCAAGCUGGCAGAGCAGGCCGAACGCUACGACGACAUGGCCGGCGCCAUGAAGUCUGUGACGGAGCAGGGGGGCGAGCUGAGCAACGAGGAGCGCAACCUGCUGUCUGUCGCCUACAAGAACGUGGUGGGGGCUCGCCGUUCAUCCUGGCGCGUCAUCUCCAGCAUCGAGCAGAAGACGGAGGGCAACGAGAAGAAACAGCAGAUGGCCCGCGACUACCGUGUGAAGAUCGAGUCUGAACUCCAAGAUAUCUGCAACGACGUGCUGAGCCUGCUCGAUAAAUUCCUCAUUGCCAACGCAUCUCAGGCGGAGAGCAAGGUGUUCUACCUCAAAAUGAAAGGAGACUACUUCAGAUACCUGUCAGAGGUCGCCUCUGGGGAAGCAAAGAAGGACACGGUGGAGAACUCUCAGCAGGCCUACCAGCAAGCCUUCGAAAUCAGCAAGAAGGACAUGCAGCCCACACACCCCAUCCGGCUGGGCCUGGCUCUUAACUUCUCCGUCUUCUACUACGAAAUCCUCAACUCACCCGAGCAGGCCUGCUCUCUGGCCAAGCAGGCUUUCGACGAGGCGAUCGCCGAGCUCGACACCUUGAACGAGGACUCGUACAAAGACAGCACGCUGAUCAUGCAGCUACUAAGGGACAACCUGACUCUGUGGACAUCAGAAAACCAGGGAGACGAGGGCGAGACCGGCGACGGGGAGAACUAGAGCGCACUUCACUGUUAACCCAUCCCCACUCUCUUCCUCCUCCUCCUCCUCCUCCUCCUCUGAGCUCUCGUCCUCUCUCUUCUCUUCUUCCUCUCUUCAUACACAUUUAAAAAAAAAAAAAACAGCCCGUUCAUUCCCUCGUCCCACUUUUUCAAAAACCCGGCCUCCCGACUUCCCUUCUGUAUAACCAACAGCAUGAAUAGACCCCGCCCCCCUCCACCACCAACAACAGAUAUAUACGUUAAAUUUAAAAGAAAAAAAGAGAAAGUACUACUCCAUGACCCCUCCUCCUCCUCCUCCUCUUCAUCAUCACUCCACGGCCGGCCGCGCCGACUCAAACCAGCGGCCGGUCUCGUCUUCUAGCAAGCAGGGAGGGGUUUAAAUCCCCGACCACGGAAUAAUAAACGUCUUUUAGAGCCCUCUUUUUACCCCCCCCCCCCCCCUCAUUUAAUCUUCCUCCUCCAUUCCUUCCUAACACCUCAGUAUGUCCCCCCCCCCCCCUUCCUCCCCCCUCCUCUUUAGCAAGUUAAUGCAUUGAUAUAGAUGUCCCCCCCCCCCCCCCCCCUCCUCUUUUGGCUUCUCUUAGUGUACCGGCACACCCGGCUGGUUUUAUUCAACUUUAAACAAAGACAACAAAAAGGUUAUUAAACUGUCCGUUUAUUUUCAACAAACACUGUGAUGCUUAGUUUGUCCUCCACAUCGACACCCAUCUUCUUCUUCCAGCUGGGAGGGGGGGGGGGGGUGUGUUUGAGCAGCAGGGGGUCAUUCUGCUGACGGGUUAUACAGAAGGGGGGCUCGCACACGGCUGUAUUGUGACACUGACUCAUUAAAAAGACGAACACAAACUCUCCUCUGGAGUUUCAUUUACCGCCUUUUUUUUUUUUUUUUUUUUUUUUUUUUUUUUUUUUUCAUUUCUUCAACAUGAAUCUGGAGAAACCAUUUUUAAAAAACAUUCCAUCUCAUGUGUGGGAAGAUUUUACACGCUCACAACUAACGGGACCCGCCUGCUUCCUCGGAUCCACCACACCCGCCCUGCCCCACUCCCCGACGCGUACGUUCAACCCCCCCUCUCUGCGAUCGCUUUCUCUUUUUUCUUUGUGUGUGUGUAACCGAUUAAACUUCUCUACCCCCCCCCCCCCCCCCCCCUCCUCCUCCUGGUUUUUGAAAAAUGUAAAAUUGUAAAACAUUUUUAGAGCUUAACUGUAAAUCUGUCUUUUGGAGAAAAAAAAAACACAAAACGUGAACGGUUUGUCGAUGUUGUCCGUUAACAGCCGCUUGCAAAGGAAACCUUGAAGCCGUUACAGUCAGCUGCUGGUUCUACGUGUGCCGUUUGUUUUGGUACUUUAACCCCGCCCCCUCUCUCUCUCUCUCGCCCUUCUCCUGCUUCCUGUACUGACACAUUUGGAGCCGACAGAAAUGCACGUCAUCUUUUAUGCUCACGUUAAGAAGAAAGCGUCGAGUUGGGUCUUCUCUGCACAGCGACGCUUACACUUCCUGCUUCCUCAGCCACAAAACGGCGAGGAGAUGUAAAUGCCGGAUAGACGGUUAAAUUGACAGCUUCCUCCUUGCUGAGCUCCAUCAGAUAACGAAGUGACGCCCGCUGGGUUCCUCGGCUCGGGUUGUUUUAUCUCGUCACUCGAGCGUCACUUUCCACACGGCGUGUAAGCGUUUGUCCCAAAGGCGAGCUUUGAGUUCAGAUGGUCACGUAGAUGAAGACGUGAGAAAUGUCUACCUGUCUUUGUGUGGCGUUUGAGGGGGCGUGUCUACUUCCUUUAGCCGAGUCGCUCUGUGGUUCAAAACGGGGAAGCAGCGAGUUUAAGCUGCGCCGUUUGAGUCAUUUAAAAAAAAAAAAAAAAAAAAAAGGCAACGUGCGUUCAAAGGAGCCAAAUCUCCCGGCAGCCAAUCAUCUGUCUGGAAGAUGGAACCCGGAGUUCACGGCUAAGAGUUCAUUAACAGACGCACGCCACGAGUUGACCUUUCACAUCAAAGACGCUGGAUCGGGCGGUGAACGUUUGAACGCCACCAAUCCGGCUUCACGUUCGUAGUCCUUUAAGAUUAACUCCCUUUGAGUCCCGUCGACCAAUCAGACGAGUUUUCCUCCCCCACUUCCCUCCUCUCAGUGUCACAGUGACCUCGUCAUGAACCAUCUCGACAUUCCACUCCGUUGGCGUCGAAACUAGAACGCCACGACGUCUCGAUGUUUGAUUUUUCUUUCCGCUGGGGACGAAUGUUUUCACGCACUGAAGCUCGAAAAGGUUAAAAAGACGAGUUCCUCCCCGCCGCUCUCUCUCUCCCUUUUCUCGUUAGGCCGUUCCUCCCCCCUCCCCCUCUUCUUCUACGCUUUGUAAGGAAUAAAACUGAUCCCAUGCAGUAGUGAAUGUGGCACCGAGCCUGUCUGUAUAUCUGGUAUCUCAAAUCAUUUUGUUUUUACUGACCAGUAUUCUGCUUAAAAAUAAAAAGACAAAAAAAAAAAAAAACAACCCAAAAAAAAAAAAAACAACAAAGUUUGCUUCUGUGACGGUUUUAUUGCUUAGCGCGCACGUGGUUGUGAAAACGUAGACUUAGCUUAAGGACGCCAAUAAAAAACAAGAAAAUGACAAAAAAAAAAACAACCCCCCUUCGACACCUCCCCCCCUCCCCUCCCCUGCCCCUCCCUCCCUGGUUAUUGACGUAAUACUAGAUUUGUGUAUGUCUUUUAAAAAAAAAAAAAAAAAAACCCGACUCUAGUUUCACCCUACAUGUUAUAAACAGGACAAAAUGUAAAAGACGAUUUAAAGUGAAAUAAAGGUUUUAUCAGUUCCGAA